GCUUGUUUUUCUUUUUUUGCAGAUGCCACCCAAAAAGAAACCGUGACAUUGAAGAUGUCCGAUCCUGACGAUCGACCCUCGGACGAACAACUGAGGGUCAUGUUAAAGAAAGCAGAUCUUGAGAAGCAUGGUUACAAGAAAGAGCUCACCAGGAAGCUAGUGAGUGGUCCAGGAAGUGACAAAACAGACUACCAAAAAGCGUUCCUCUACUACAAGAUCGUGAACUGCUCGCGGCUGCAGGAGAUUACCGAAGAGCUCGAGACUUUGAUGCCAGGUAGACACCGAGUUCUUCCUUGAAAAAUAUUCUCAUUCGCUUCUUACUCUGUCAGCUUUCAAAAAAUACAAAAAAGAAAAAAGGUCGCAAUCAGCUGAUUGAGUUCGCGCUCACAAUAUAAUACAGUGCAAUUGAGCUCAUGAAUACGAUACGAUACAACAACUUUGUUUAAGCAAGAUAAACGUUUUAAGCUUCACAACUCGAGUGGUCGUUUAUUAGAAAUAAAAGAUUAAAAAAUAUUACCAAAAACAUGGUUCAAGAAAAAAAACAGCAAUUUCACUAGCCUGCGAAAACAUCCGUUUCUCCUCGCUCUUCGUAGUCUGCUACACAGCCGUUUUUAGUGUCGUCACGCAACGCUCCUCCUCCCGUGGGGAGGAGCGUUGCGUGACGACUCUAAAAACGGCUGUGUAGCAGACUACGCUCUUCGCCGCUGGGGACGUUUCACGCGGAGGAACGUCUGCGACUCAGCGACAGAAAUUCCAUACUGAUGACGUAAAAUCUGUCCGGAAUCCGGUCAAAAGCGCUGAUUGGUCGACGGAGUAGUUACAUUGUUUUAGCUAUUGUUUACGAAUGACAGACAAAAGACAAAAGGCCACAAAGCUCAAAUGUAAACGAGAAGAAUCUCUAACAAAACAGUCAAUAUUCAAUUCAUUUCAUAAGCAAGAAUCUGCGUGUCCAUAUCAAAUUCAAUUUCCCCCAAGACCUUUUCUAACAUCCUGUAUGUUUCAUAACCACAUGUCUGUUUUACACUAUGAUUUCCAAGGUUCAGAUAAAAAAAAAAGCCGACGAAGUUGUUUCUCUGUAAAAUCAUUACAUCGGACUCAGUCUUUGGGAGAGUAAUUAGAGUAUAAAAAUGAUUAACUAUAUUUUUUGUUUAGAUCCCUUUAUGAUCAAAUUGGCUGCGAAGUUUAACAUGGAGGCCAAGGCCAGAAAUCUAUCCAACAUGAAGCAGUGCAAAGUGGGUUUAGAGAUCCAUUUCAAGAACGGUGGGAACUGCGCUGUCAAGAAAACUAAAACUCGUCGUCGAAAACGCGACUGGUGUAUUUGCUGGCGUUGU